CGAACGGGAACCGGGGGCGUUAUCUGCACGUGACCCCAUUCCCCCAUCCGAAGUCACGUUUUCGGGACGAAAAAAACGCCAUCUAAAAAGAUUGCUGCGAUCCGGCAUCUUCUCCAUCGCCGACCUCAUUGUCCCCACACAAGACAGUCUUCUUCCCCAGGUUGACCGUCGGAAGACGAUACACAAGGUCGCUGUACAAUUGUCGAUACGUACAAACUCACCCCGCCUCUUCCCUCGUACGACCUAUCAGCAACCGCUCGAUUCAUUGUUACGACAAGUCAUCUCGCGGGACCUGCGUAGCCUGUCAAGACAACAGCUACUCAAAAUCACGGACAUUUUGCUUGCUUAAUUUUACCUAGCUGUUCCUUCAACUCUCUUCACAUUCGUCAUGGAUCACUCCAGAGAUCCCUGCCCCUGGGUUGCCCUGAGCGAUUUCGGCGGUGCUUUUUGUAUGGGUGCAAUUGGUGGUGCAGUCUGGCACGGUAUCAAGGGAUUCAGAAACAGCCCCUACGGAGAGCGUCGGAUAGGAGCCAUCACAGCCAUCAAGGCUCGUGCGCCCGUCCUCGGUGGUAACUUCGGUGUGUGGGGUGGUUUGUUCUCGACAUACGACUGUGCGAUCAAGGGAAUUAGAAAGAAGGAGGAUCCUUACAAUGCCAUCAUUGCUGGUUUCUUCACAGGUGGAUCUUUGGCCGUCCGUGGUGGUGUCAAGGCUGCUCGAAACUCCGCCAUCAUGUGCGCUGUUUUCCUGGCUGUCAUUGAGGGUGUUGGCAUUGGUUUCCAGAGAAUGAUGGCAGACAACACAAAACUAGAGCUCCCUCCUGCUCCCCCAUCUGGCGACAAGGCCGUUGCAUAAAUACACCCAACUACGAUCCUCCCCGAAUCCGAUCCAUAUGCUACAUUAUUACGUGUCUCUCUUCUCAGGUGUUGGGUGUGGUCUUCAUUAUGGGGGCAUACUAUAGAGGUUGCUAUUCCUAUUGUGCUUCUAUCCCUGCUCAUUAAUCCGUUGUAUUGUUUUAGCCUUGUUUGUUGGAGUGCGCAGCAUUGCAUCCGAAUGUUCCUACGUUGACGGAGGGAAAAGAGUCUUUACUGCCGGUCUUGGACUGGAAUUUCUUGUAUAUUAACUUCCUGAUAAAUGGUAUAAUGUGAUAUCACUACUUCUCCAUAUUGCGA